AACAUUUCAAGUUUUACCAUCACUGAUGAACACUCUCUUGCCUUGGGGUCUCUCUUCCACCACUUGCACGCUUCUCUUAACUGAAAUUCAAGUUUUUGUUUUUCUCACCAACAAAUAACUGCGCACCCAGCAAAGGUAUGUUAAGUUUGACUUGCCGUUUCAAAAAUCAGUAACGAAAACGGCAUCAGCCACUACGGAUUGGAAUUUUUUAGUUCGUUUGAAAUUGUUUUUGAUAAGGAAAAAUAAAAGUGAGACAGCACACACAGUGUUAAAAGAAACAGAAAAAGAAGAAUCAUUUUGAGUGAAAGAAGAUGAGUUAGAAUGCUCGUUAAGAAUAAAACAAAGUAAACAUCACCAUCAUCGGUGUGAACCAGAAAGAGGUGUUUGAUAACAAAAAAAAAAAGAAAAAUUAGAUAAUAAAUCAGAAAACCAGUGAAAAAAGGAAGAAAAGAUUGUGAAUGAAGCAAAGAAGAAAAACCCCAACCAAAAACGCCCUUUCCUAGGUGUAUCAAGCAACAACAAAUACAACAAAAAAGUUAUAGAGAAGUGGUUGAAGUUAGAAAACCAGACCAGAAGAUUCCCACGACAGACGGCAAGCAGCCAAGCUGCUCAGUGUUCGGCUUACGUUAGGAGGACGACAAAAGAAAUAAUAAAAAGAGCAUCGUUUUUUUAUUUAUGAAUGGAUGAGUGAAUGGCAUCCCAAAAAAAGUUGGAAAUUUGCGUUUGAAAUUUGUUAUUUAAUUUUUGUAAGUGUUUGUGUUAUCAGUUUCGAAAUUUCGCCUGUCAAACGUAAGAAACCAAAAUUAAUUCAAAAAACGAAGGAAAUUCAAAAAGAAAAAACAUAACUGCAAAAUAGUGUGUGAAAAAAGUGAUUUUGUGUAAAAUUGUUAACCCAUUUACCGGCAUUUGCACCACCCUCACGAAGUGUGUGGUACACGUUCGGCGCGGUCCGUGUUAGGAAAAAUCAAUUCGAGUUGUCGUGCAAUUUACGUUCGUUUUGUAUUCGUUGUAAUGUGUCCGUACUUACCGUAAUUUCCAAGUUGUAAACGUUUUCAUUUAAAGAAAAGCGACCGAAAGAGAGAAGGAGAGCCAGAGAGAGAGCGCAGUACUUAAUAACCGCUUGUGAAAAAUUGAUGUGGGACUUAAAUGCUCGUCGACAAUGGAUAGUAGCACAGAUAAAAAGCACGAGCAAGACCCUCCACCGACGACGGCUGAAGGAGUCAAUGCCGGCAAUCAACCACCACUAUCACCGGAAAAUACGCAACAUGCUCCUGUUCCAGCAAAGCGCAAACGUCGUAUAGUACGAACAGCUGUUGAGUCAUCUACCACCACGACUAGCAGCACAUUGUCCGGACAACCACAUGUUAGCAGCCAAGGCCAGAGGGAUGUGGAGGACACGACUACUGUUGGUGGCCCAAAUAUUGCCACUGUCAGCGAUCAGGUGUUUGGGUCAGAGCUGCACGAAUCAUCCACCAUUACCAGGACUUUUAAGAAGACAAUAAAGCAAUCCCAGGAAUUUAUGCAUUCAUCCUCCAGUUCCCGUGAGUAUUUGGUUGAGGAGGCCUCGGAACGGCUGACAACACCACCUCAAACGCCUCAACGCCUGAAGAAGAAAGUGGCCUUGUAUGAGAAGGUGUGGUCGUCAGGAAGUGGAAGCGGUACGGAACUCAAUCUUCCCAUGGACACUUCAGUGCCUAGUGGCCAAGAGAUGCCCACCAGCGAUGACAAUCCCUUUGACAUAGAUGUGUUCGAGAUUGAGAAGCGCCUACGUGAGGAACGCAGACGUGGUUUGGCUGAGGCCGAAGCAGCUAAGCAGGCCUUUCAGCAAAUACAACUUCGCUCCACGCCUCAGCCCAAGCCGCGCAAAGUAGAGGUGCAGGAAGACCAAUUGGCAAGUCCAUUCAAUGUUACCCUGAAGACAACCAGUAAGAUUACGCCUGGCGCGGUAACUGGUCGCAUUGAAUUGGAGGAACACUCCAGUUCCUCGAGUCCCUUCAAUGUCACGUUACGCACAACUCAAAGAUAUCGACGCCAUCCGCCACCUCCAAUGGAACCCUUCGAGAGUCCUUUCAAUGUUACGCUACGCACUACAACCAGACAUCAUUCCUCGAUAACGCCACCCUCUUCGGCAUCGUCCUGUUCUUUGAGUCCUCUUAGUCCAGACGGCAAGUUGGCUUCGGCGAGAUUUUUAGAGGGCGAAAGAACCGUUCGUGAGGUGAAGUCAGCAGAUGGUGUCACCACCAUUGUCACCUCUUCCAUGACAUCGGAUGGCCGCAAGCAUGAGGAGAAAAUCUUCCGUCAUGGCGAAGGUUACCUAUCGCCACGCAAUUCACCACAUCGCGAGAUGAGAGCCUCGACUCCUUCUCGCUCGGUGGAUAUGAUGGCCGGUGGUCGCCGUAUCUGCAUCAAAUUGGAACAGGAGGAACAGCAAAUGGAAAUGACAAGCAGCUACAGUGAAUCCUUUGAUCAAACUGACUCACUUUCGGCCAAACGACGUCUAUUCGAGCCUUCCGUGAGCUCAGGAACGGUUUCUGUGGAAACACCUGCUAACAUUGACAUUAUUGUGGGCAAAGGCACUCUGAGCCACCCCCAACAGCUGCAGCAGCAAUUUCACGUGGAAACCACCAAGCAAACAGAACAAAUGCCAUGGCAAACGCAACAACAACAACACCACCACUACCACCCUUCGAGCCCCUCGACCUUAACUGCCAAGACUACGACAAAAAUAACAACUACUUCCCAUCAACACCAGACCAGCAGCAGCAGAAGCAGCAGCAGUCGUCGCAGUGAAUCACAAUACGAAUCCUUUGAGACCGUUCCGGGCAGAAAGACGACUAGUCUUACGAAAACGAUACAAUCGCAAGGUUCUUCGCCCUCAGAAGAAUCUCAACGUGGAUUUGUAAAAAGAGAAGUAUCCACCCAAGCAACGACACCGCCAGCACCUGCAUCCGACCCAUCACGGAUUGGUUAUUCCCCCACAUCACCCCGACAGCAGAAACCGCACAAAUAUUUCUUUGGUGAGACGUUGGACGUUGAACGUCAGAGUGCGCACACUACGAGUAGUACAGCCGCGGGUGGCGAUUUAGUUAAGAAACGUUUAGAGCUCCUGAAUUACGGUCGCGACGGUCUCGGUCACGGUAGUGGCGAAUUUGCCCACAAAGCGUCGUACCAGCAUCAAUCGGCUGAAAUAUCGGACGAUUCGGAUACUGAGGGUGCCGCUGCUAGCAGCAUUGUUAUAGUGCCAGCACGGUCUGCCGCCACGUCCGAUUUGGAAUCAAGUGCCAUAACGACAACAGUCCAUUCCCAACAAACGCAUUCCACAACGGCUAGUGUCCCUAGCCAGGGUACUUUGUCCAAGAGUCUGCCCUUGCCGCAGACUCAACAUCCUCAAAGUACCGUUCACAACACCUCCGCUACAGCAGCAGCAACAACUACUACACAUUCCACAAACGAAUACCAGGAAUUCCAAUCCACUAUGGCAGCAAUCAAUUUUGCCCGUAGUAAUUCACAAUACGAUUCACACAUCAAGGAGAAACGAGAGGAACAAGAACGUGUUCAAAAGAAAACAUUCACUAAUUGGAUUAAUUCAUACCUCUCGAAGCGUGUUCCACCGCUUCGAGUUGAUGAUUUAAUCAAUGAUCUGCGCGAUGGCACCAAACUGAUAGCACUUCUCGAAGUGUUGUCCGGUGAGAAAUUGCCCGUUGAAAAGGGUCGAGUUCUGAGACGUCCACACUUCCUCAGCAAUGCCAAUACCGCCCUGCAAUUCUUGGCCAGCAAACGUAUCAAGUUGGUUAAUAUCAAUCCGGCCGAUUUGGUGGAUGGGAGACCACCAGUCGUUUUGGGUUUGAUAUGGACAAUCAUUUUGUACUUCCAGAUCGAAGAGAAUAGCCGCAACCUCGAAUAUUUGGGUCAUGGUAUCAGUGGUUCGGUUAGUUCUCUGGACAGUGUUGGCAAGAAUGCCAGCGAUGUCAAGGCCGAGAAAUGGAAGCAGGGAGCCCGUAAGACUUUACUUAACUGGGUAACCAAUGCUCUGCCAAAAGAGAGCGGUGUAGAGGUUAAGGAUUUCGGCGCCAGUUGGAGAGAUGGUGUCGCCUUCCUGGCCCUCAUCGAUGCCAUUAAGGCUAAUCUGGUUAAUUUGGCUGAACUGAAGAAGACAAGCAACCGUCAACGUCUCGAAACUGCUUUCGAUGUGGCCGAAAGCAAAUUGGGCAUUGCCAAGUUGCUUGAUGCUGAGGAUGUGGAUGUACCCAAGCCCGAUGAAAAGAGUAUUAUGACUUAUGUGGCUCAAUUCUUGCACAAGUAUCCCGAACCAAAGGGUGCUAACAAGGAUCUGUCACAUAUCCAUCAAGAACUGGACGAGCUGAGACGUUUCUUGGUGGAGAAAACCACGGAAUAUGAGCCCAUGGUCCUGGGCAAUUCGUUCCCGCGAGACUUUGCCGAAUAUCUGAUUGCUCGCUCCGAGGUUGAUGCCCACAUACCAACCUACAAUCGCUUGAAGCAAUUGGUGGAAUCACAAAGUGGUUUCCUCCAGGUGCCCAAACACACCUGGGAAGACAUUAACAGCCUGUGGCAACGCGUCCAAUAUCAAAUGAUGUACUGGUUGUGGCUCCUGGAUUCAGAGCUACCCGGUGACUUUGGUGAGGUUGGCAAAUGGCUGGCUGAGGCUGAGAAAAUUCUGAUGGACAAUGAUAUCCCCAGUUCCAUGAAUGAAGAAACGGCCGCCAUCAUAUCACGCAAAUUGGAGGAGCAUAAACUGUUCUUUGCCGAUUUGCCUCGCAUCAUUGCCAUGUUCGACAACGCCAAGCGUUCGCCUUUGGCCCAACAAGUGCCUUUGGAACAGUUGCGCAACAUGGAGAAACGUUUGCAGGAUGUGGGCCCACGGGCCAGUGAACGUAGAAUCAGAUUGAAGUUCUUGGAACACAAGUGCUGUUUGGUGGCCUUCUUGAAUCUGGUCGAGAACAAGAUGAAGGGAUGGACCGGUAAAUAUGGUACCGAAGACAAAGUGGCCCUUCAACUGGAACAGUACAAGAACUUUGUGUCGCGCAACAAGAUUUUCCAAGAAUUCCAAAAGGCUUUUGUCGACAUGCAACAAGUGGUUGACGAAUACAAACGUGACGGCAACGUGUCUCGCAAAGAGACCAUUGACAUUGAUCGUUUCAUGUAUGAGACCGAGGAACGAUGGAAGCGUGUCUCCAUGGAGUUGAAAUGUUGUCAGAACUCCUUGGAGGAAGUGGUCAAUUGCUGGAAGACAUGGCAUCAAUUGGCACCCAACUGCGAAGAGUGGCUACGUGUGGCCGAGCAAAAGGCCAUGCAAUCGGAAGAUGAGAAAUUGGAAUUCUUCCAAGACAUUUCCGUGUGGAAGGAUAAGUUCGAUGCUCUUGCCAAUGCUGCCAACUACUUGAUUGCUUCUUGCGAAGAGCCCAUAGCUCAAAAUCUGAGACAGCAUCAUGGCAUGUUGUCCGAGCGCUUUGAACGCCUCUUUGCCAAUACCAAGAAAUACAUGCAUGCCGGUGACAUCAUCCGAGCUCGCCAGGAAUACAAAUCUGGCAUCGAACUUUCGCAAUGGUUGCGUUAUGCCGAAAGCGUCUUAAACCAAAAACAACAAUUGGGAGACAGCGAAGCCAUUCGCAAAUAUGGCGAUGAAUUACAAAAACUGGCCUCCGAAAUAGACGACAAUGAGGAAUUGUUCAAGACCAUCAGCCGCAACAUUCAAGGCAUGAUCCAAGAUCUGUCGCGUGAAGAGGUCGACAACAUGAUGAAGACCCUGAAACAAGAGAAGGAAGCUUUGGUGCGCAUUAGAGCCCAAAUUCCCAGCAAGCUGCAUUUGAUCCAUCAAUUGCUUAUCCAACAGGAGUCUUUGGAAGCCGGCCAAAAGGAAAUCCAUCAAUGGCUGAACGAAGCCGAGUCGUUGCUUGGCACCCACAGCUUGGCCGGUGGACGUGACAAGAUCAAUGAAGAGCUCACCAAACACAAGACAUUCUUCUCGCGUACCGUCUACUACCGAUCUAUGCUGGAAAGCAAGAACAAAGUCUUCCAAAAUCUGCUGAGGAAUGUAGUCCAGGAUGAGAACAUUGAUACCACACAAGCCCAACACAACAUGCAACAGUUGAAUGACCGCUUCAACUACGUCAUCAACAAUUCGCAACAAUGGGAGCAGCGCUUGACGGAUUCCCUGAACAGCUGGAACCGUUACAAGGACAAUGAGAGAGUGGUUACGGAAUGGUUGACCCAGGCCGAAACUAUAAUCAUUGAGAAGCACAUCGAGACCAAGACCACCAUUGAAACGCAGAAGUACUUCUUUGAAAAUGUCAAUCAAAGAUGGAUGCCCGAUUUGGUAGACUCUGCUCAAGAACUGUUGAAAACCCUGCCCACUCAGGAACAAAAGCCAGUUGUGGAUUCAGUUGAACAACUGCAGAACCGCUGGCAAAAUGUUUUGGGUCAGGCUCCUCUGCAUCUAAUGAAGCUGGAAUUCCGUUCGGAUGAGCAGGCCUUCCAACAGACCAUGCAAGAGGUUGAAAAGGAAUUGAAUUUGGAAGAACAGGCUCUCAAUCGUAAUGAGGAUGUUGAUUCCAUUUUGAAACGUAAUCAGCAAUACUUCCUUCAAUCUGGCUGCUUGCCUCGUUUGGAGAAGUCCUUGCAGAACAUGCACCGCUUGGGCCAGGCUUACAAGCAGCAAAAACCAGGUGAUAGCAGUCUCGAGGAUGCCUACAAGAACGCCCACUCUCAAUACACCCACCUGACCAACAAGAUUGCCUCAAUGCGCGAAACCUUACAGCAAAUCCCCGCCCAAUGGGAAUCCUAUCACGACAAAUUCACCGAAAUGGUGGAAUGGAUGGACACCGUGGACAAGAGUUUGAAGAAUAUUGUCAACGAGGUCAACAGCAUGGAAGAGUUCGAGAAGGAAAAAGUCGUAUUCCAGAAAAUCUGCCAAGAAGCCGACAAUAAACGUGAAGAUAUGAAGUGGUUGGUCAAGACUUUGGAUCACCUACUCAGCUAUGCCACCGAAGACGAGGCCAAUGCCGAACAAAAGAAGUUGGAAGACUUGAUUGCUCGUUACAAGAACCUCAUACCAACCAUUGAGAUCACCAUGGUUAAGACGGAGGUGUUCUCCAAAUGCUACACCUACCGUCGUGAGGUUCACGAAGUCGUGUGCCUUCUUAGCAAAGUUAAGGAGCAGGCAGCCAGCAUACCACCACCCGACAGCCUGGAGCGUGUCAACAAACUAAUUGAGGAGCAGCAAUAUGCCAUCAAUCAAUUGGAUCAUCAACGUCCUCACAUUAUGUCCAUGUUGCAGAGAGGUCGUGACUUGAGCAAGGAUGUGCAUGCACCAUCCUUUGUCCAGGUCGAAGUUAAGAACUUGGAAACCGGCUGGAAUGAGGCCUACACUGAAACUUCCGACAAGUUGCAAGCCCUGAAGGGUACCCAAGCUGUUUGGAAUGACUUUUCCGAUCAGAAGGCCGAAAUUUGCCAUCUUCUGCAAAUGGCCGAAACCGAAUUGCGUGCCCUCACUCCUUUGCAAACGGAUCCUAAGAAUGUAAGCCAAGAUUUGAAGGCUAAACGUGAACUGAAUGCCCAGUUGCAACAAGCCUCGCAUCAACUGCUGCCCAAGUUACAUGCCUUGAAGGCUGAGUUGGCUCCCUUGGCUGCAGCUGAGAAGAGACCCAUCCUGGAGAAGGAAGUAACCGAAGUCGAAAAGAUGUUCUUCAACACCAUGGAACAUGUCAAGGACCGUGUUGGCUACCUAGAAGAUUACAGCGCCAAAUGGAAUAACUACAAGUCACGCUUGGCUGCUCUGCAAGAAUGGGCCAAUAAGGUAGCGCCCAAGGCCAUUGAAGCUUUGCAUUCGGAGGACUUGACACCCGAGGAACGUGUGAUGAAGGUCAACGCUUUCAAGACUGUCUUGGGUGACCGCAUGAAAGAAUUGGACAUCCUGGCUGCCGAUGCUUCCGAAUUGGCGCCCAAGGAGGGCAAUAUUGCUGAAGCGAAACGCCUCAAGGGAGAGAUCACCAAACUGCAGGAAGUACUCAGUGCCAUUAAUCGCAACGUGGAUCACCAAGCCCAGGCCGUCAAGGAAGAUCUUGUCAAUUGGCAACAAUUCCAGACUGGCCUGCAGCACCUGAAGCCCAUCGUGGAGGAAUGCGAAAUCAAGGUAAAUAACAUAGUCCCUAAGCCAUUGUCCCUUGAAGAAGCUGUUGCUCUGCAACAGAAUGCCUUACAAUUUGAAAAUCAUUGCUUGGAGCAAUUAGACCGUCUCCAAGGCAUCUCAAACAUUACACACAAAAUGUUAUAAACCAAUGCCCCCGAUGAAGUAGAUGCCAUGCAUUCCCGUUGGACGUCCGUGCAUGAGAAUGCCAAACAGGCUAGUGCUAAGUUAGAAAAACUCGUCGCCAACUGGAAAUCGUUUGAAAAUGAAGCGGGUAAAUUGGAGGAUUGGGUGGAGAAGGGCGAACAAAUGGUAGCCCGUAAACCCAGCAUCCUCAAUACGCCGCACAUUGAUAAGUUGGAGAACGAAUUGGUUCGUCUCAAGUCGUUCAACAAUGAAAUAUCCGAACAACAAGCCAAACUCGUGGCCCUCGGUCAGGCUGCCGAUCAAAUUAGCUUACAUUUAGCUCCCGAAGGAGCAGUUGCCGUAAAAGACCGCGUAACUGGUUUGAAGGGCAAGCUGCAAAAGCUUUCCGAAGCCACUCGCGCCAACAUCAAUGAAAUCUCCGAUGCCAUUAUUGCCCGUCAAGAUUUCAACGCUAAAAUGGUUAACUUCUCCAAUUGGAUGGACUCUCUGAGGUCCCAAGUCGCCCAAGUGGAAGAAAUCAAUCCGGAACGUGUCGAGACAAGUUUGCAUGUCAUCCAUGCCCUGUUGCAGGAGCAUAACGACAAGAAACCUGCCUUCAAUGCCAUCUACGACGAAGUUAAGCAAUUGUCCCUUGCCGCCUCCCCCGAGGAGAGCAAGAGCCUCAACGAAGCCUAUUCCGCCUUGGUGGUUAACUAUCAAAAUCUCGAAACCAACAUGCAACAAAAGAAGUCCUGCUUAGAAAAGUGGACGGAACUGUUGAAUUGGAAACAUGAGACCGAAAACCACUUGAACUACAUCAAACAUCAAAUCGAGAAGCCCGAUGCUCCGCAAUCGCAGGACUUGAAUAAGAUAAUGUCCGAAAUAGAAACUAUUGCCAAAACAGUGCCUUAUUGGAAGACUCAAGCCAAGGAAAUCGAUGAGAAUCCUGUCAUCCAUCUCAAGGAUGCUCUGACCCGCAAACCAUACAUUGCCACCCAGAUUGUGAACGAUGUUGAAAACAAACUGGAAAAUCUGCAACUGCGCACGCAAAAUCAAAAGCAACAAAUCGAACAAAUGCAAGUCCGCAAGGAUAAAUUCCACAACUUGGAGAAUAAUUUAGGCCAAGCCUUACAGGACAACAGAGCCAAAUUGGCUGACAUCUUGAAACGCAAGCCGAACUUGGAUAAUAUUGAUCAAAUCAUCUGCGACUUGGUAGCACUGAAUGAUGCCCUCAAGGUCCAAUCGGACUUGAAGAAUCGCAUUCACGACGAGGGCAAUCAACUGAUGCGCGAAGACAUCGCCAGUAUGCCAGCCAUUCAGGAGACUCUCCUGCAUUUGGACAAGGACUAUGACUCCUUGCAAGGCGAAAUUGCCGAACGUAUUCAGAAAUACCAAUUGAUCUCGCAGGCCUUGAGAGAAUUCGCCGACUGCAAGAAUAAGUUCAGCCAAGAGCUGAAGAAGGCCCAAGAUUUGUAUCACUCGAUCCCACAACAACCCAGAGACGAGGUUGAAUUGCAUCAAGCCUCUGAAAAGACUCGCAAAACCAUGGAUCAAGUCCGCAAGUCGAAGGUGGUGCUCGAUGAGUUGGACCGCAAGGUGGCCAAUGUCGGAAAGUUGUUCGACAACAUUGGCGAGGUCAUGCCCCAAGAUAUACCCAAAGACUUUGCCGAAGCCAAACAGAAGUGGCAGGAGUUGCACGACAAGACCGUUAAGAAUGCCCACAUGUAUGAGACUGAAGCGAUUAUUUGGUCUCAAAUCGAGGACGCCAAGAAGGAUCUCGUACCAUGGUUGACAGAGACUAACCAGGUGUGUGACGCCGCCGAUAACAGCAUGGAAAUCGAAUUUGCCCCCAUGCGUCUCACGAAAUAUCGCUCUGAGUUGCCCUCAUACCAGGCCCUGAAGGAUACCAUUGCAGAAAAAUCCGCCGAACUUCUCAAGAUCAACAACAACGUUGAAAUACCUGCCUUAACCGCACUCAAUGAACUUUUGAAUGCCCAAUUCCAAGAGGUCGAGUCCAAUGCGGAACGUUUGAACAGCAUUACAGCCCAGUUCAACGAUCAGGAACAGGAGUUGCGUAAAAACAUCAAACAAGCCGGUGAAAAUGUGGCCAAGCUCAGGGAACAGCUCAUCAAGUGCGACGAUAUGUCCGGCGACAAUGCCAAGAUACUGGAACGUCUACAACAGUGUAGAGCUUUGCAAGGCCAGCUAGGUCAAACCGGCAACGAUAUUGACAAUAUCAAGCAGAAGGUCGAAGAGCUGCGCAUCCUCUAUCCCACUUUCAGUGAAUCCAUAAUUCCCAAGGAGCUGAACAAUGUCCAAAAGAGAUACGAGGGCGUAGAAGUCUAUGCCAAGAAAAUCGAAAACUCUCUGCUGCAAUUCCUGAAGAAGUUCCAUGCCGAUCGCGUCAACAUGUUGAAGCGCAUCAUUCAAACGCAAAAGGAGAAGGUGAAUUGGUGCCAACCCGAAAGCACUUCGGACAAAUACAAUUUGGAUGUGAAGAAAUCGUCGCUUCAAGAAGUUAGCAAAGCUUUGGACGACUGCACGAAGCGUCAGGCAGACAUUGCCAAUUCCCUAGAAAUGUUGAAAGCCAUUGAAACGCCACAAAAUAUGGCCGAACUUAUCAAGGACUCAGAACGUCUGAAUGGCGAGAUGAGCGAUCUACAAAAGGCUUUCGAUCAAAUUAAAAACAUCCUCGAUGAGAAUGUCGAUCUGUGGACUCAGUACGAGAAAUCCAAUGAGGAACUCAACUCUUGGCUACGAGACAUUGAGGGUCGCAUUAAGGCCGAGACAAGCAAUCAAAUCGACCUGACAAAUAUUCCACAGAAGAUGGAGGAAUUGAUGCUACUGAAGCAGGACAUUGACAAUCACGAGCCGGUGAUUAACAAUCUGGAGAAGACCUCCCAGCAGUUGAUUAACAAGAACCCAGAAGCCCGCAUAGGUCAAUUUGUGACGCACUUAGUGCAACGCUACCAGACUGUGGGCAAGGGAUUGCAACAAUACAUGGACAAAUUGAAGGACGCCUCGAAGGCCAAUGACGAAUACAAUCGUGCUCUCAACGAAGCCACCGAAUGGUUGGGCGAAGCCAAGAUUGAAUUCCAAGAAUUGGCUAGAAUGGGUUCUCCCGGCUCGUCAUCAGCCACUGCACAACAAUUGCAGACCAUUAAGAAUUAUCUGAACACAUUCGACAAUGGUCAAGUGAUCCUCAACAAUGUUGUCGACCUGGGAGAGUCGUUGUAUCCCACUGUGACACCCGAGAACAGGGAAAAGAUUCGUGCUCAGCUAAGAAAUCUAAGAGAAAACUUCGACUAUUUGAGAGACGAAGCCAAUGCUCUCUUGCAACAGGUCGAAGGUGUCCUCAUUCAAAAGACCACAAUUGAGGAAAGCUAUGCCCAAGUUUCGCAUUAUCUCAACGAGUCCAAGGCCAAGGUCCUCAAGGCUGACGAACUCUAUCCCACACUGGCGGCCAAGAAAGCUGCUCUGCAAAAUUACAAGAUCCAAUUGCAAGAGGCCACCCUGCACAAGAAUGCUUUGAAACAAUUGCAGGAACGUGCUGUGGCUCUUUGCGAUGAUGAAUCGGAACGCAAGACCGAAGAGUCCAUAAACGAAUACACCGACCUGGCCAAGAAAAUUACCGACCGCAUCAAUGUCGUCACCAAUCAAGUGGCCAAACACGAAGCCUACGACCAGGUAUUGGAAAAGGCACAAGAUUGGCUGAACACAAUUAAAUCGGAAGCCAUAGAUAUUCUGAAUGAGACCACUUUCGAAAAGGAAGGAGCCGAAGAGAAGCUUCAGGUCGUAGAAAAUCUGUUGCAGCACAAACCUGAAGGUGACACCAUUUUCGAAACUUGCCAGCAACUUCUGAACACCGUCCUAUCCCAGACUCAUCCCUCUGGCCAUCCGGCUUUAUUGAAGAGCUUCCAGGAACCCAAACAGGCCUGGGAUGACUUCAUGAUGUUGUGCCAAGACUCGCAAGUCAAACUUAGACAGCUCUGCUCGAAAUGGGAUGAGUUCGAGACGGUGAUUGAUGAACUGGACAAUUGGAUGAAGAAUGUCGAGGCCAUUGUUAAGAAUCAAUCGCUGAAGAACACUGCCGAGGCCAAGAAGGCUCAUCUCCAACAGUUGCUCGACAUCUCGAAGGAUAUUGAGAAGCGUGCCAAAUCCAUCAAUGACUUGAUGGAUCAAGGCCGUGAAAUUGAGGGCGAAACAGAUUUGAAUCUGAAACUGUCCCGCCUCAAUACCAGAUAUCAAACUUUGAAAAAUCUCUGCAAGGAAUCGGUGGCCAAAUACCAGAACUAUGUAAAGGAUCACGAAGCCUUCGAUCAAGAUUAUGAGAAAUUCAAAAAGGAUUUACAAUCCUGCAUUGAUGAGUUGGAGAAGAACAAGGACAUCGUUGGCGACCAAGCCAUUCUGCAAGAGCGCCAAAAUAAAUUGCGCGACAUGUCCGACAAGCGUAUCAAUGACAGCACUGCCUUUGAGAAUCUCAUCGAUCGUGGUGAGAAACUCUAUGGCCACACUAGUCCCGAUGGUCGUGAAAUCAUCAGACAACAGCUCCGAAAUCUACGCACCAUGUGGGACAAUUACACCGAUGACUUGAAUCAAGCCUCCCAAAAGAUUGACCACUGCCUGUUGCAAUUCAAUGACUUCUCCAUUGCCCAGGAUCAGUUGACCAAGUGGCUCAAGGAUGUCGAUAAGGCCAUGCAAUCGCACACCGAACCCAAGACCACUCUGCAGGAGAAACGUGCCCAAUUGCAGAACCACAAGUUGUUGCACCAGGAAAUCACCACCCACAAUGUGUUGGUGGACAACGUGUGCGACAAGGCCCAAGUCCUGGUCGAUCAAAUCAAGGACAAUUCCCUGAAUGUUUAUUUGCAAUCGAUCAAGCAACUCUUCAACAACAUUGUCCAGAAGUCGGAGGAGAUCUUGAAUAACCUGGACGAUUGUGUGCAAAAACACAAUGAGCUGAACAACCAAAUUGCGGCUGCCAAAUCCUGGAUUUCGGGUGAAAAGGCCAAGCUGCUGGAGUGCGAUGAUGCCUAUGGAGAAAAAUCCGAUAUCAAACGCAAAAUUGAGACCCUCCAGAGUUUGUCUCAGAAUAAACCACAAGCCAUGAAACUAGUAUCCGACAUUCGAGAGCAAUUCGAAAAGGUGAAACCAUCGACCUCCGAGAAGGGAGUCGAUGUCCUCGACAAGGAAAUCAACGAACUGGAGGUGACCAUUAAAUCUCACUUCGAUGAUAUCGAAGGUAUUGAGGGCAAACAAAAGGACGUUCUUCAGCAAUGGCAGAACUUUGAGGAAAAAUUGGAAGAGCUCACAAAAUGGUGUCGCGCUGCCGAGGCUGUGUUCCGCGAACAACAACUGCAAUCCACCCUGCACGAAAAGGUUGAACAACUGGAGAAAUACAAGAUUCAACGCGAUCUGAUUCUGCAAAAGGAGAAGGAGAUCGAUGCCUUUGCCGAUGCGGCCCAUGCUUUGCUGAACAAUUGCGGAGCCGAGCGUUUGAAGACGUUGACUUCUCAAAUCACCAACCGCUAUCAGUUGCUGCAAGUGCUCAGCAAGGAAGUCGUGAACCGCUGGUCCAACCUUGAUGACCAUCAAUUCUAUCAGGACAAAUACAAUGAGGUUGACCUCUGGUUGGAACCCAUCGAAAAGCAAUUGCAAAAUGCCGAAAAGGAAGAUGCAUCCCAAGUGUCGAACAUCCUUCCCAUUCUACUGUCGGAGAGGGAACAAGCCGACACCUUGUUUGCCGCUCUCAAUGCUGCCGGUGAAAAGGCCUUGCCCGAAACUUCCACCCAAGGUCGCGAGAAAUUGCGCAAGGAAAUGCGUGAUAUUCGCGAUCGCUGGGACAAAUUGGACGAAGGUAUUCGCAACUUGCAAAAGAAACAGGAAGCCCAGACAGUUCAACUCUCCAGCUACCAAGACAUACUUGGCCAAGUGGUCAAUUGGUUGGAUCAAGUUGAGAAGGCAGUGCAGAAUGAGAAUCCCUCAACCUGGACCAGUGCCCAGGAGAUCCGCUCAAAGCUCUAUAAAUUCAAGACCACCCAGCAGGAUAUCAAUUCGCAUAAGCGUAUAGUUGAGGCUGUAAAUGAAAAGGCCGGAUUGUUGCAGAGUUCCGCUUUGCCAGCCAAUGCCGCUGAAAUCAAGCAGGCUGUCGAGAAGGUGAACCAGAGAUACGACAAAGUCUCUGCCGAUUGCAACAAUUUACUGCAACAGCUGGAGGAAGCCUUCGACGUAUAUCAACAGUUCAGUGAAUUGCAAAAGGCCCAACAGGACUACCAGAAGAACCUUUGGGAUCGUUUGACCGGCUACUCUGACUAUUCGGGUAACAAACCAGCCUUGCAGGCUCGCCUGAAUAAGGUCAGCGAGAUUAUGGAUUCCCUACCUGAAGGCUUGCAAAAACUACAGAUUCUGUCCGAUCACAUUGACAACAACACCAAGGUCUUGCCAGCUCGUUCCAAGGAGGCGAUGACCCGCGAUCUCAGCAACUUGCGUGCUGACUUUGAGAAGUUCUCAGCUGCUCUGACUGAUGUUAAGAGCGGUCUAGAAAGUCGCCUGCAACAAUGGAAUGACUAUGAGGUCAAUUUGGAUCAGCUAAUCUCAUGGCUGGGCGAAUCGGAAAAUGCCCUGAAGAACUAUAAUCCCAAGGCCACUUUGGAAGAGAAGGAAGAACAGCUGAACAAAUUCCAGAGUCUUAACCACAAUUUGCGCCAAAAGGAAGUAGAGUUCGAGAAAAUCAAGGACGACUCCUCCGAGUUGAUCCAAAGUUCGGGCGAAACUCGUAUUGCUGUCAACGUGCAACAGGUUACGUCGCGAUUCCAAUCUAUCCAGACCACCACAAAGGAGAUUUUGAAGAAGUGCGAACAGGCUGUUCAAGAUCACCAGAUGUUCAACGAAAAGUACAAGCAAUGUUCCGAUUGGUUGGCCAGUGCCCAAGCCAAAUACGACGAUAGUAGCGAUUUAAGCCAGGUCGGCUCCCGCGAUGAUUUGCUCAAGAAACAAAUUGCUGUCCAGGAACUUUUGGCUCAACAGCCUUCUGCCACUUUGCUGCUUAACAAUACCAUUGAGUGCGGCGAGAAGUGCUACCCAUCAACAGCCACCGAAGGACGCGAAGCCAUACGAUCGCAACUGGAAGAAUUGCAACAAACGUUCGAUCAACUCUUCGACAACAUCACCAGCAACAGCCGCAAGAUCCAAGACAAAAUGUCUAAAUGGUCCGGUUUCGACGAAAUCGCCGAAAAACUCAAGAGCUGGUUGGCCGAAAUUGAAAAGGCAGUACCCGGCGAAAUUGAACUCAAGACCACCUUGGAUGAAAAACGGGCCAAGUUGCAGAAUUACCGCGACUCUCUGAACGACAUACAGAAUCACCAAGCGGAAAUUGGCAAUCUGCAAGAAAUCGCCGCCAAUUUGCCCGAGAAGACGGAGCAUGUCGAAGCGGCCACCAAAGAAAUUGUGGACCGCUACAACAAAGUCCAGAAGAGAGCCCAGCAAUAUGUGGAGAACUACGAACGCAUUGUAAGUGCCCACCAGCAGUACUGCAAGGCCGUUAUGGAUGCCCAGGAAUUCAUCGAAUCAACCCAUUCCACCAUUGACUAUUGGGGAGAUUUGGACUUGGAACAGGUAUCUCUGCACACCAACUUGGAUCGCUUGAAGAAUUUGAAGGCCAGUUUGGCCGAUGAAUUCCCCCGCGUGGAUCAAGUUAGAUCUCUGGGUGAGAAGGUAAUUCCCGGCACCGUAGACGCCGGUCAAGUGAAUAUCAAGACCCAAAUCGACAACACCCAACAGGAGUGGGAGGGUUUGAUUGCCGAACUUAAUUCCACCAUAGAAGCCAUCGAGUUGCGUCUCCAACAGUGGUCCGACUACGAACAGUUGCGUGACCAAUGCUUGGCCUGGAUUAGAGACUGUGACAAUAAGUUGCACUCCAUCGACUUGAAACCAAACUUGGGCGAAAAGAAAUCUCAAUUGGAGGAGUUGAAGAAUUUGCAAGGCGAGGUCAGAGCCAAGGAAUUGGAAAUUGACAAUGUCUCCGAAAAGGCUCAGCUGCUGAUGAAGGGUCCCUCGGCAUCACGUAGCUCUGGACCUGAAUUGGUCACGAAAUACCAACAGCUCUUCCACAAAGUGAAGGAACUUAACAAUCGUUGGCAACAGUAUGUCACUACCCAUCAAGACUUUGAGAAUAGCAUUUCGGAAUGCACCUCCUGGAUAAAUGGCAUUAAGGAAAAACUCGACUACUGCUCCGACAUGAGCUCGAUGAGUCAAAAAGAAUUGGACAAGAAAUUGGCUACCAUCCAAGAUAUCAUCCUCAUGAAAGACGAAGGUUCUGCCAAGGUGCUCAGCAUCGUGGAAAUGGCUCAAAACGUUUUGGCCAACACGGCGCCCAACGGUCACGACGCCAUUAACAAAGAAUUGGCGGACUUGCAAGAAUUAUGGUCGGCAAUUGCCCUGCGCAUCGUUGAUGUCAAGGCUCAGCUGGAUGAUUCCAUAACGCAAUGGUCUGGUUUCCUGGAGCAGGUACAAAAUGUUUCGAAAUUCAACGAUUGGUUGGAUAACACAUUGAAGGAGCUCUCCGAACUACAAGCCACCAUGCCUGAGAAGAGAGCACAACUGGAUCGGGUCAAGACAACUGAGGAAAAGGUGCGUGUCGAGAAGAUCGACGUCGAUGCACUUAAGUCGCAGGCCAAGGAUAUGAUUGCCAGUGGCCAGCAAAGUCAGUCGGCCUUCCAGGCCCAAAAGGUUUUGGACCGAUUCGACGAAUUGGCGGCCAAGUCGCAGAAAUUGCUGUCCGAAAGACAAGAUCAGUAUCGCGAUCACAGGUUGUACAAAGAGGCCUAUGAUGAUUUGGUAAGCUGGAUUAGCAGGGCCCGCGAGAAGUUCCCCUCGUUGAAGCAAAGCUCACUGAGCGAUAAACUGGCCAUAGAAAAUGCUGUACAGGCCACCGAAAAUAUGCUGAACAAACAGGCCCAAGGUGAGUUGUUGGUUGAACACCUGACGCACACUGGUGAAGUGGUGCUGGCCAGCACAUCUCCACAAGGUCAGGAAAUCAUACGCAAUGAUAUCCGCUCUUUGCGUGACAGUUUCGAAAGUCUGUUCCGCGACAUUAACUCGCAAAAGGAGAACCUUGAAGAAACUAUGUCGCAGUGGCGUACCUAUAAGGAGGAGUACGAGCGCCUCAUUGAGUGGCUCCAACAAAUCGAUGUUUUGGUCAAGAACCAUAAACUCAACCUUAUGCCCAACUUGCCGGAAAAAGAAAAACAGGUGGCUGAUAUGCGCGACAUCAUGAAACGGUUAGAAAAGGGCAAGGACGACAUUGAGAAAUUCAAUAAAUCCGCAGCAGACCUACUAAAAUCCCACCUCGAUACGUAUGUCAACAAUCAGUUGAGACAUUUGAACUCAGUCUAUCAGGUGCAGGUCAACCUGGCUAAGGAUGUCCUCAAGAAGGUCGAAACCAAUUGCGAACAACACCGUGAAUUCAAUGGCAACAUGAAAGCGGCCCAUGCUUGGAUCGAAAACGCCAAGGAAGUCAUUCGUGAAUGUAGCGAAUCUUCAAGUGCCGGAUCGAAGGAGCUUUUGGAGAAGCGCUUGGAAAAGAUUCAGGAACUUAUACGCAACCGUGAGGUGGGUCAGAAUCUUGUCCACACCGCCAUUAACAAUGGCGAGAAGGUGGUGCGCAACACUCGCUCCGAUGGCCGCGAUGCUAUCAACAGUGAAAUGAAGGAUUUGCAAAACGACUGGGACCGCCUGGUCAAGAAAAUGUCCACGGCCAAGGUGCAAUUGGAAACGAAUCUCUUGCAAUGGGCCGAUUACAGUUCCAGCUAUUCCCAGCUGCAACAAUGGAUUCAAGAUCGCGAGGCCAAGUUGCAACAGGCUUGUGAGCAGAAGAUUACAAAGUCCAAGGGCCAACCACGCUUGAGCAGUGGUUUGAGCGAACGCAAGGCCAACUUGAGACAGACCAACAACAUUGUCCAGGAUAUAGUCUCCUUUGAACCCAUGAUUCAAUCUGUCACCUGCAAGGCUUCCGAUUUGCAACAGGGAGCUCCAGCUUCGGAAAUUUCCAGCAAAUAUGAAACCCUUACCAAGCAGGCCAAGGAUCUGUACGAAAAGCAAAAGAAUACUAUCGAUCAAUACCAGGCUUUAAUUGAUGCCGGCAAUGACUUCGCCACAUGGUUGCGCAACGCCAAGGAGCGCCUCAGCAAAUGUUCCGAACCCACUGGCGAUAAGCAGGCCUUGGCUGAGAAAACUCAUCAGCUUAAGAUUUUGCAAGGUGAAGUACCCGAAGGUCAAAAGAAAUUGGAAGCUGCCUUGGAACAAGGUGAAAUCGCUUGUCGCAGUGCCGAGCCCGAAGAUCGUGAGAUCAUUGAACAAGAGGUGGCUCUCUUGCAGGAAGAAUUCGAUGCCUACGUGGACAAUCUUAAGAAGACCAAAGACUAUUUGGAAAUGGGCAUUGUCAAGUGGUCCGACUAUCAAGACCAAUAUACCGAGGCUUUGGAUUGGUUGACCAAAACCGAGGUUUUGGUUCAAUCCUACAACAAAUUGCAGGAGAACCUGAUUCAAAAGAAGGUCGUAUUGGAGGAGUUCCAAGGACACUUGCAGACUCUGUUCGACUGGCAGAAGACUUUGGAUCACUUGAACAUGAAGGCACAAAUGCUGUUGGAGACUUGCUCCGACACCCGCAUCAGUAAUGCCGUUAUGCAACUGACCACCAAAUACAACGCGCUGUUGACUUUGGCCAAGGAAGUGAUGCGUCGUCUUGAGAUGCACUAUCAAGAACACCAACAACAUCACACCCUCUACGAAGAGUGUCAGUCAUGGAUUGAGCAGACCCGUGAGAAGUUGCAGAAAUGCGAGGUCAUACCGGGUACUUUGAGUGAGGUCCAAGCCAAAUUGAAUACCGUAAAGAAUCUGAGACAAGGUUUCGAAUCGGGUCAAAAUAAAUUGCGCUACUUGAUGGAAUUGAAGGAAAAGGUUAUUAUGAAUACCGAGCCCACUGGAGCCGCCAAGGUUCAAGAGGACACUGAUGCCUUGAAACAGGACUAUGACGAUUUGCUGACACAAAUGAAUGAUGUCAAGCAGAAGUUGAUGAACCGGUUGGCUCAGCUGGAAGAAAUCUUCAAAUUGUACAAACUUCUGCAAGAAUGGCUGGAGGAUGUUGAGCCUAGUCUCAAGACCACCGGUGAGUUCCUCAACGAUUUGAGUGAGAAGAGAGCCGCUCUGGAGAAGUUCAGAGCCAUACAGAGAGAUUUCAAUGGCCACAGCGACAUCGUCGAGAAAAUCAAUAAACGUCUGAAUGAAGACAACUCUUUGGAUCGCAACGAUUUCAAGCCUGGCAUGGAUAAGUUCGAUGAACUGCAAGCCAAGGUCAAUUCCAUCAUUGAAUCGCUGGAGAAUCAAGUAAACAAUCACGAUAAAUACAAGCAAGCCUUCAACGAGACCCAAGAAUGGUUGCGCAAGACUCGCAUGGACAUCGAGCAGUGCUCCGACUGUCAUGGCGAGAAGCAACAAGUCGAAGAUCGCAUUAACAAGCUGGGCGAAAUCGAUGCCACAAUGCUCGAGGGCAAGUCCUUGUUGGAGGCAUGCCAAGAACUUUCCCAGGCUGUCAUCAACACCAGCGGCAGCGAAGGCCAAGACACAGUGCAACAAGAGAUUAAACAUCUGAACUCCGAAUGGGAAGCCAUUCAAGUCAUGUCGCGCGAUGCUCGUUCCAACUUGGAGACAUGCCUGAAUGUAUGGUCGAGCUUCUUGCAGAAAUUCAAUAAGAUCAAUAAAUGGAUCGAAGACAUGACCAAGAGAGUCAAUCAAGCCAACGAAUCGGAAAAUAAGACCCCCGAAGAUUUGGUGAAUGCCAAGAAACUCUUGGAAGAAGUUGUCGCCGAAAAGGAUAAUGUCGAAGAACUGAAUGAUUCGUGUGAACUGCUGAUGGAGCACAGUGCUUGUUCCAGAGUUAGAGAUCAAACGGUUGACACCCAAGCCAACUACACCAAAUUGCUGACAUCCGCUCAAGGUUUGGUGGCUAAGAUCGAAAAGAACUUGUCGGAUCACACCGAAUUCUUGAACUAUAAAAACGAAAUGGAUGCUUGGAUCGAAAAGGCCCAACACAUUUUGGAUGGCUGCAACGGCGAGGGUGAUAUCCAACAAAUUACUCAGCAAAUUGAGACCGUUAAUUCUUUGUCAUCGCGUUUGCCCGAAGGCCAACAUCUUUUGGGCAUGGUUCAAGAUGCCUAUACCAAGGCAUCAAAUGUCCUGCCAGAAGAUAAACAAGAGAAAUUACGUGAUCUUAUGACAAAGGUGCGUGAGGAUUGGGACACAUUGGGUUUGGCUGUUAAACAGAAGUUGAUCGAUUUGAAACAAGCCCAAAAUCGCUGGUCCGACUUUUCUGCCAACAAAGAGAAGCUCGACAAAUGGUUGAGCGACAUGGAGCAGACCCUUAAGACUGUGCCAGAUACUAAGGGCGAACUUGGUGAGAUGAAGACCCAAUUAGAACGCUACAAGACUAUGCAGAACGACAUCAAGCUUAAGGGCUCAGAAUUGGAAAACCUAAUGUCCGAAGCCAAGGAACUGGGUGUUGAUUUGGAUGAUGUCCAUCGCCUGCAAGGUCGUUGGGAUAAGGUCAAGAACGAUUGCAACAAUCACAUCAAGGAAUUGGAAUCCGAAAUCAAUGACUACACCUCUUAUCAUCAAGCCUUGCAAGAUGUUGAGAAGUGGUUGUUGCAGAUUUCUUUCCAACUCAUGGCUCACAACUCGCUCUUUAUAUCGAAUCGCCAACAAACCCAAGAACAAAUCAAACAGCAUGAAGCAUUGCUGGAUGAAAUCCAGAAAUACCAAGCCAACAUUGAUGACCUCAAUGCCAAGGGUCAAAAUCAAAUAAAACGCUACGAACCUACCACACCUGCCAUUCGCGACACAGUCGAAUCCCAAUUGAAGAACAUUCAGGACAGCUACAAUUCCCUGCUCCAAACCUCCGUACAGAUACGCAAUCGCCUGCAAGAGUCCUUGGCUAAGUUCCAAGAGUACGAAGACACCUUGGACAGCAUUAUGCGUAAUUUGGAAGAAUAUGAACCGAUUAUUCAAACGGAAUUGGAUGCUCCAGCCACCACCUUGGAAAUGGCUCAGAAUCAAUUGAAGUGUGCCCAGAAUAUGCAAAACAAAUUGAAUCACGAAAAGUCACGUUUGGCCAGUGCCGUGCAGGCAUGCGAGGCAGCAACCGCAUCCAUCAGUCGCCCCAGUUCACCGCUGGAAACAGCUAUGCAAGUUAUUCCAGAGCGUGAAUUAAUUGUGCGCGCCAAGUUGGAAGAUCUGCUGGACCAGAUACCCAGUAAACAAACUCAAAACUCAACGCAAGACAACGAAGAUGAUCUGCUAGACGUUGAGAUUUCUGAAGUUAGUGAUACUUUACUGGACGCCGUUUCACAUGAACGUAUUCAGAGAUUCAAAACCAUAAUACGUUCCGAAAUAUAUAUUGUCCACACAUUGUAUGCUCUAAAGACUAAGGUUCAAUCCCACUUGGGUGGAUUGAUUGCCUCCGUUAGUGAAUUGGAGCAACAGCAGAAACAACGCGCCGAAUUGGGUGACUGGAUUAAGAAGCAACAGAGCUCGGUGACAGAUUGGUUAACCAGACCAUGCAAAUUGCGUCCCGAAGCCGCCAAACAGGAGUUGGUUGCCAUGAAUGACUUGUUGAAUUCCAUUGGAGUCAAGCGCUCCCAAUUGAUGUUGGAAAUGACUGGAUCACUUGCUGAAGAUGAUACAGAUCUCGAUGACAACAUUGACAAAUUGGAAUCAGCACUCAUGGAUGCCAUUGCCAAGAAACAAGCUGGCCAAAAUGUUAUCGACAACUAUCGCCAGGGCGUACAAGAUAUGCAGAAUUGGAUCGAUGGCUUGAUCAAGCGUAUGGAUGUUCUCGACAAGGGUUCCGGCUUGAAUUGUGCCCAAAAAAUGGCUGCCAUUUCCGAAAUUAAGAACGAAUACCAACAACAAGGUCCUCAAAAGCUCCAAGAACUAAAGAACAAGGCUGCCCAAGUGGCCGAAGUCAUCAGCAAUUUGGAUGGCCAACAGGUUGAGGAACAAAUGAAAUCAUUGGACCGCCGCUAUGCCGAUUUGGGCAAGCGUUUGGAUCGCAAGGCCCAAUUGUUGGAUGUGACCAAUAAGAGUGUUGGUGGUGUCAAGGGUGAAAUUGAUCAACUUCAAAACUGGGUCAAGGAUAAAAUCCAAGAACUACAAGCACCCACCACCUUGGGCUACGAACCUAAGGCCGCCGAGGCUAGACAGCAAGCUCUUAAGGCUCUAAUGAAAGAUGCCGAAGGUAAGCAGUCGUUGGCCGAUGCUCUGGAAAAGAGAAUUGCCAAUAUGCAGCCCGAAUUGGAACCUGCAGAAUAUGCCCAAUUGGAAUCGGCAUUGCGCAAUUUGAAUAGCGAACAAAAGAAUUUGUCGGGAGUAUUGAAAUCUGAAAUGGAGAAGGCUUUGGAUGCUGGCAAGGCUCGCAAAGCUCUGGAGAAUGAUCUGGAGAAGGCUCGUGCCUGGUUGAAAUCCAAGAUAUCCGAAGUUAGAAAAUUACCAGUCUAUCAUCCACUGACCUCGGCCGAAAUCGAAGUGAAACUGCAAGAGAACAAGAAAUAUGAUGACGAUGCCAAACAAUUCAGCGAUAGCGUGCUAAGCGAUGUCCAACGCCAGGCUGCAAAUAUAAUGAAGGAUUGUUCGGAUGCCGACAAGGCUGCCCUGCAAAAGAUUUUGGAUGAAAUUGAUGCCGACUACAAGACACUCAAGGAUGAAAGUGCCAAGCGAGGCAAGUCCUUGGCAGAUCUAUUGCAAGGUCGCAAGGCCUUUGAAGACGCCAAGAAGAAGAUGGGCGAUUGGCUCAAUGAAAUGGAAACUGCCACCGAAGGUGAACUGAGAACCUCAAGCCUUCCUGUGUUGGAAGAACAGCUGGCCCACUACAAGAAACUUAUGGAGAAUGCCGAUGGCAUGGGUGGUCUGAUGAACGACGUCAAUGAACAGGGUAAGAGCAUCGUGCCCACUCUAAGCAAUCCCGACAAGCUUAAGUUGAACGAGGAGCUGAAGAAUAUGAAGGACCGUUAUGGUAAGGUUAAGCAGUGUUUGGCCGACCGAGUUAACACCUUGGGUGAUCACAUCAAGAAAUAUAAGGAUGCCAAGUCUAAGCUUACCGAAUGCAUGGACUUCUUGAACACUGUCCAGCAACGUUUGCGCGAUCUUAAUAAGCCAGUUGGCUCCAAGAUUGAAGACGUCCAGGAGUUGUUGGGUGCCUACGAGAGCAUUCUCAAGGAAUUGAAGGACAGUAAACAGAAAAUGGGCGACAUGAAAGUUGAUGAUCUGCCAGAAUUGCAGAGCAUUUUGGCUCAACAGGAUGAUAUGAUUAAGCUCAUAGAAGAUCAAUUGGCCCAUUUGAGACAAUUGCUGUUGUUGCGCGAACAAUUCAUUGCCCUGAUCAAUGAGAUCAUCGCCUUCAUCAUGAAAUACACCGAUGUCAUUAUUGACAUUGAAAACGCUCCCGAUAGCUUGGAGGAGAAGAUCAACAAAUACGACGAUGUCAUUGCCAAGAUCCAGGAAUGUGAAGGUGUUUUGGCCUCCGCAACUGAUAAGGGUCAGAAGAUUGCCUCCGAAGGCACUGCUGCCGACAAGAACUCCAUUACCGAGCAGCUGCAGUCGUUGAAGAACCAAUUGGGUAAUCUGCGCAAGGCUGUCGAACAACAAAGACAGAAACAUCAAAUCCAAUUGGAACACCACAAGAAAAUGGCUGCUGAAUUGUCUGAAAUCCUCGACUGGUUGCACAACAACGAAGGCACAGUCAAAUCCAGACCUCUGCUCGAUCGCGAUCCCGAUAGUGUUGAGCGUGAACUGCAGAAACACAAGGAUCUCAGCUCUGAGGUACAAUCCUAUCUGGAUAAAUUCAAUAAAAUCAACAGUGGCAUUAAGAGCGAAGUUGGCAUGCCCAGCUCCCUUGUUGAAAUGUUGUCGGAAGGACGUUCGUUGGUAUCCUCAUUGCCACAGGAAUUGGAGGAGCGUGAGAAAUAUCUCAUUAAUAACCGCAAUUCCCGCCUGGACUACAUGAAAUUGGUAUCGCAAUUCAAGGAUUGGUUGCAUGAGGCCGAGGAUCGUUUGCAAGUUGGCAAACACGGCAUUGAUUAUGAGAAUCUGACACGUGAUCUGGAAGAGCACAAAGUGUUCUUCGGCAAUGAACAGCCCAUACGCAAUUUGGUGCACAAACAGAUUCAAGAUGCCGCCGACAAGAUAUGGCCAUCCCUCAAUAACUUUGAACAAACUGAGCUGUCUGCCGAACUGUCCCAAUUCCAGACAAAACUGACCAAUACCUUGGCCCAGGCUAAGACCCAACAGGGUGAGUUGGAAAAGGAGAACGAGUUGUGGCGUGAGUAUCAACAAUCAGUGGACCGUGUCAAGGCUACCAUUGAACGCUCGAAGUUCUCCGAUGAGCCAGUGCAGAAUUUGGCUGGUGUUCACUUCAACAUACAGAAAUUGACCCAUGCCAUUGGUAAUGUUCAGAGUCAAACAAGUGACAUCACUCUAGCCAAUCAACAAGCCCAAGGACUUUUGCGUCAAGCUGAUGCCCGCAAUCGUCAGCUGAUUGAGCAGGACAAUCUUGAAUUGAAUCGCUUGUGGCAGGACCUCAUUGCUUCGUUGGAGAAGAGGCGUGACAAUUUGCAAUCUGUCGCCGAUAAGUGGGACGAAUUCGAGAAUCGCUUAUUGAGCUGGGAAAAGGCCAUUGGACGUUUGUCGGAUAAAUUCCGCAAUGUCGACCCAGUGGUAAGAUCUCGUCGUCACUUGGAAGAUACAAAGCAUGCCAUCCAGGAAAUACUCAGCGAAUCGGAAGAACUUAAAUCAUCACAUAAAGAUAUUGAGGCGCUCUCAAAAUCAAUCGUCACAUUCCUUGGGGAAGUACACAAACCCUCGGCGGAGGCCCUACAGGCCAAAUUGGAUAACUUAGUGAAGCAGCAACAAGAAUUGAACGACUCUUUGCACGAUAAGGAUCGUCAGGUUGGUCGUGAUCUAGAAGAAAUCGAGACCAGCUUCCGUAAGAUCUCUACGCUACAAGACAAAUUCAACGCCUUUGAGGAAAUCCAGGGUGUUCAUGCAUUUGAUGAGAAUAUUGCCAAAAUCGAAAAACAACUGGAGAAUCUGGAUAGUGAAGUCAAGAAGACCGUCAAGGAAAGCCAAAGCCUAGUCAGUACAACCAAGGAGCUGUACUUGAAGAAGCAAAACCUCGUACCCAGUGAUAUUGAUCAAGAGUUUACCGCACUCGAGUUGUUAUCGGAACGUGUCCAGGGCAACAUGGAGUCGAAACAGAAGGAAUUCAAACGUGCCAAAACCGUACGCACAGACUAUCUUGCCGGCGUCGAUGAAAUACAGAAGUGGCUGAUGCAAGCCGAAGUAGAGGUGCAGGACCGCAGCCUGGCACCGGCACAGAUGAAGGAACUGUUGCACCGCAUCAAUCAGGAAAUCACCGGCAUCUACGCGUUCACAAUGGUUAAGACCAACGGCCAGCUGAUCAUUGACAAUUGCCGCAGCAGCGACGAAAAACUGCUGGUGCAGACCACAAUCGACCAGCUGGCCCAACAGCUGGGACAAGUGCGUUCCUGGCUGGAUGAGAAACAGCAAGUUGGUGAUAGUUUAGAUGCCUGGACCCGCUUUAUGAACCUGUACCAGAUAGUCAUGGCCUGGGUGGCCGAGAAACGUGUAUUCCUGGAACAAAGUAUUGAACUGAAGACCCUGCCCGAGGCCCGCAGUAAACUCAAUGAUUACGUGACGGCUGUGAAGAGUAUUAAACCCAUUGUAAAACACUUGAGCGAAAUGGACAAGGAAUUGGAACACAUAGGCCAGGUGACAACGGUUGGCGAUCUCAAGGACAAACUGCAAGAAGCCGAGGAUGCGAAGGUUGCUGUGGAAGCUGUAUUGCUAGAGAGGAACUCAUUGCUACAAGAAGCCUGCGAAGAAUGGGAUCAAUGUGAACGUAUUAAGGAUAUACGCAGCUGGAUAGAGAAAACCAAACAGUCUUUGGAAUCGCCCCCACAAAAAGAACCGCUGAGGGAUCAGUUGGGCUAUUGCGAGAAGACAAUGGCCGAUAUAAAUGUACAGAAGACCAAACUAAGACUGUCUAUUGAAAAGUUGGAGGUCCACUUUAAGAACGGCAUGGGUGGAGAUCCACGUCUGAGCGAAAAUGUUGAUGAUUUGUUAAAGGUUCUGGAUAGCUUGGCUGGUUUGGUGAAAACCACCAGUUCUGGCUUGGAAGAAACCCUGCAACAAAUCGAUGUAUAUCAACAGCAAAUGCAAACGUUGAGGCAAAAGAUAAUCCAAGAGGAACAACAGUUGAGGCUGGUCAUGGCACCCACAUAUCUGCCACAUGAUCGUGAGCGUGCACUGGCCGAGCAACAGGCGUGUCGAGAACGUGUCAAAAAUCUCCACUCGAAAAUAACCUCCCGAAAUGAGCGCAUAAAACUUAUGAUACAUCGUGGUACUCCAGAUGAAACCCUUCUAGAAUUAUAAACUUUGUAACUGUCCACCAUUGCCCACCACCCUUACCCGAACUAUAGGUUUAAGUCAUCCUUAUAUUUAAGCAGCCACCGCCACAUUGGGGGGAAUGGAGGGAAUGGCAAUGAGUGUUGAGUGUUUUUUUGUGUUUUCUCCCAAGCUAAAAACAAAGAGAUUUUCCUUUCCAAAAAUGUCUUUUAAAUAAAAAAAAAACAUUCCACCAAUUGUCAUUUCCCCCCUCCCCCAUAUAUCUAACAUAGUAUCUGAUAUUAUUUAUAGUUUAUAUUUUAUUAUUGCAAGGAACAUGACCCCUCAGAUCUGAAAAUCAAAAAAAAGAGAAGAGGAAAAAAUAAAUAAUAAAUGCCACAGAAU